AUGUCGCUGGCAACAGCUGCGUCCGCGGCCCUUCACCCGCAGAACUGGCCGACGAGCAUCUGGGUUCUCUUACUUACGGGCGUGGCCUACGCCGUGGGGUUUCUGGCCUACCGUCCUUCGUUCCCGCGCAAUGCGCCAAAGCUGUUGAAGGGCUACCCGGUCUUGGGGGCCCCGAGGUUCUUCACCGACCGCGGCAACUUCCUGUCGGAGGGGAAGCGGUUUGGGCGGUACGGGAACUGGAGCUUUUAUUUUGGAAAGAUGAGGAUUGUCGGGUUAUCGGGGGACCAUGGGCGACAGCUCUUUUUUGAGAGUCGUGAUUUGGAUUUUACCAAAGGGAGCGAGACUAACGGCGACAGCUACGGCGCCCUUUUCAACGCGACUCCUCACAUCGAAGUGUCCUCGGAUGCCUCGAAAGAAGAAGACUUCUCCGGCAAGUUCAACCGCACCAUCGUGCGUCUCCUACACAAGGAACAGCUGUGCAACCGUCUGCACCGCCUCGUCAACGACACGCGCGACACCAACGACCGCCUCGCUUCCCGCCCGGACCGGAUCAGCGACCCCUUUGAAGACAUGUACCGCCUCGUGUUCCAGCUCACGAUGCGCAUGGUCGGGUGCGACGAGAUCGCCGAGAGCGACGACCUGCUGAUGAAGACGGUGCGCAUCUUUGAGAGCAUCGACGCCGCGAGCACCGCCACCAAGGUCAUGUUCCCCUGGAUGCCGACGGUCGGGCAUUUCAAGAGGGUCUACAGCGGCGCGCAGAUGUACAUGAUUCUCGAAAAGGUCAUCAAGCAGCGCAAGGAGCGCGGGGUGGAGGGGACGGACGCGCUGCAGUACCUCAUGGACCGGGGGGACAGCACGGUCGAGAUGGUCGCCUUCAUCGUGGGCGCCCUGUUCGCCGGGCUGAUCAACAGCGGGAUCAACGCCGCGUACCUGUUGUGCUUCCUCGGCGCGGACGAGAAGUGGUACAGGGAGGUGCAGAGGGAGGUGGACGGCGUCAUCGCGAAGCACCGCAAGAGCGAGGACGAGUCGCCCGAGGACGUGCUCUCGAGGUUCGAAGUCGAGGACUGGGAGGCGGAGUUCCCGCUCAUCGACCUGGGGCUCAAGGAGACCAUUCGGCACUCGAUCACCGGGUGCGGGUUCAGGUACAACGGCACCGGCAAGGACAUUCCCAUCGGGGAUUCUGGCGAGAUUGUGCCGGCGGACUCGUACGCCGUGUAUCAGUUUGACGAUACGCACAUGGACGCGAGGUUCUUCCCGGAACCGUCGAGGUGGGAUCCCGGGAGAUUCUUGCCGCCCAAGGACGGUAGUAAAAAAGAAGCGCAGGGAUUCUACGGAUGGGGGGCUGGACGCCACCCAUGCUUGGGAAUGAGGUUUGCUAAGCUGGAAACUUGGGUCACGACGGCGCUUUUUAUUGCGAGAUUCGACUUUUACCUCUGUGAUGAGAAGGGAAAUAAGAUGGACAAGGUGCCGGAGGAUUCUGUUGAUAGGAACAAGCACUCGGCGUCGAAGCCGAAGAAAAAUCUGUACUUGAAGUAUACGCCUAGGUCGUAA